AUGGAGCAGCUAGGAAUCGUGAUUUGUGAAGCACAAGAACACAGCAACUUCCCUCACGCAAUUGGCUGCUGUACCUGGUUGUGCCAUCCACCACACGCCGAAGCUAACGCUCUUCGCUCGGCCAGGUUCUCUGAUUUCCGCGCUCCGGUCCAGGUUCAGCGACUUUCAAUCAUGGAGACUUCUCUACGGCUUAACGCUGAAGACAGGAGCCUGGUCAUGCACGCAAAGGAGAAUUUCGUGAGUGACGGCAACAUCGCGCUUCAGGUCCAUGCGAAGCUGAACACGCAGACAGGCAAGCCUAGCUGCUUGAUUCAGCUCAAGAAGAAAUUCUUCCCGGAAGUUCUGACAAGCAUUGACGUUGGUGCUAAAGUGGACGUUGAGUCGCGAGAAGUUACUUACAGCAUUCAAGGAAAGAAGACCUGGGAGCUAACAGAUAAUGGCCUUCUGUGUCUCGAUCUCAAAGGCGCGUACAAUUACCAGCCUCACACCCAGUCCGGGAAGCCGAAGGCUUCAGUGGAGCUUAGCCAGAAGGUGUUUAAUUUCACAGAGGAUCAAGAUCUGAAGGUCAAGCUGGGGUACAACGUCGUUGCGAGAAAGCCUUACUUGCAGCUGCGCGAGAACAACUGGACCUUAAAUGCUGAGUUACGGGAGACUGCUGGUAAGCGCAUUCACUGGAGCAUUGCUUAUGACUUGUAA